UUUAAGGAGUCAUUAAGCUACAGAGAUUGAAGAAUUAUGGUACUGUCUCCUUUCCAGCAAAAAUGUUAUGGAUUUGGAAUGGAUAUUUGUUUUACAGACUUCUUACAUGACUGCUCAUAUGAGAUGUCCACCCCUGUUGUGCGACGUCGGCACACAGACGCUGACAAGUUGGUCAAUCGGCUGAAGAAUGCCAUGCCAGACAAAUUCCAGGUCAUGGUUCAAAUGCAUCUGUCUUUUAUACUCGACUUAAGUGGAUCCAAGUUAGAAGAAAUGUUCAAAGAACCAGAAAAAGUAGACGCUGUGCCAAAAAGAAAAAGUGCUACUCCAUUCUCAAAAAAGAAAGACAAACAUGCCAGUGCUUUGUUUGGAACUCCUCUAAGCAAUGAGAACGUGGCCAGAAUCUACCCACUGAUCGAGUUCCUGAGUCGACCAGAAAAUCUGAAGACAGAGGGUUUGUUUCGUAAGACUGGUAAUGUUGCUCGCCAACGCUUAUUAAAGGAGUGGUUAAAUGAGGGGGUGGACCUCUGUCUGGAUCAGGAGACAUUCACCCCUCAUGACUGUGCCACUGUCCUCAAAAACUACCUCUCAGAGCUCCCAGAACCCCUGCUGACCGAGAGGCACUACCAGGCUCAUUUACAGGUUGUUGACAUGAUGUCACAGUCAACUCUUGAGACAGAGAAGACAAAAGCUCGGAGUAAGCAGAUGAAGGCUCUACAGCUGAUGUUUCUGGCCUUGCCCCCCACAAACUGUCUUCUGUUGGAGUGCCUCAUUGACAUGCUUCAUCGAGUGUCCAGAAUCUCAGAAAAUAUGAUGACCGCUCAGUCACUAGGAACUGUGUUUGCUCCCUGCUUGUUAUGUUCCAGAAAGAUGCCACCAGAGGAACUGCAACACUUCUCCCCCAAGCUAAGCCAAGCUGUAUCCUUCAUGGUGGAAAAUGGUUGUCAAAUUUUUAAAACACCUAGGGAACUUGCAGCAGAUAUUGCCAAUUUUUGGCGGGAAAUGGAAACACCAAGCAAGUGCAAUAGGGUCAAAAGUGAGGGUGACCAAGACAACUCUAGUUCAAGUCUGUACAGUGCAAAGAAGUAUGGAAGCACACAAGCUGUUAAUACAGUGGUUCGUUUUGCCGAGAGGAAAUCCUCCAGUGAUUCAGACUCUGGGAACGACACCCAGGUGGCUCUGGCCAAACUCUACGCCCAUGUGCAAAUGAUGCCCGACUCAUCAAAAAAGAAGAAGUUACUCAAGCAGUUCAAUCAGGCCAGUGGUUCAGCUCCUCCCAAGAAACACUCCAGGAGUAAGACCCUGGGGGAACAAAUUAAGAAGCAUUUUGGGAGUCUACACAAACAUCACAAGAGAAGAGGCUCCAAUGAUGGAAGUAAGCUGACAGGAAGUGUACCCUGGACUCUAACUAAAACAAUCGACAUUGACGAAAAUGACAACAUCCACCAUGAUGAUGUGUUCAUCACAAAAACUCCUGAUGGCAAAACAACAAUAGGACUGAAACAGCCGGGUAGUCCAGCAGUUCACAUAGUAGAUCUGAGUAAAACUCCGACUCAAAAACUCAAACCCAGAAAGAGGCGGAGUAGUGGUAGUAGUGACGGGAGUAUUCCAGAGAAGCGGCCUUCUCCAGAGAAGAUUACUAAGGUUCCCUGUACAGAGAAUGAGAUUCAGUACCUGGCCAGUAUCCCCCAUCAGCGUCGCCACUGCCCCUGUACCCCCAAACAGCUUCACAACAAACCCAUAGCUAUGGUGUCACCAAUGAAUCAAUCUCCCAUAUCAGAAUCUGUGAAAAAAAUUCCCUCCAAAACACAAAAAGCCAUGCAUACACCGAGAUCCAGAAUGCCUCUUCUAGUCAUCCAAUCACCGACAAAUUUAUCUCGAGAGAGUGUAUUGUAAACAUUUCCUAGUGUUCAACAGCUAGUGCUAAAAAACAUUCCAUAUCAGAGUCACAAAGAUGGACAGUUUUAUAUAGUGUCAAAUUGUACAGAAAGUGCUGUGUAUAUUUUUUAUAUGUGUACAGUGUAUAGAAAAUUGUACAGUCUUCAAACAUUGUUCUAUAAAGGGAGAUAAUGCAGUUAACAUUUAAUGAAUGUGAUACUCGUUAUUUAGCUCCUUUCCAUUGUAAAUGUGUACUUAAUUAAUGUGCCAUUACCAGAUUUUCUUGGCCUUCUCUCAGAAGUCCAGUUUGUGAUAACCGAUUGCCCUUUUCUCACCAAGGGGUCUGAAGAGAUUUUGUAUCUUAGUGCUUUUAUUUCUGUAUUGGUGUCCUUUUCCUGUUCAUAUCUGACAAUCUUCUCUCAAUCAUAUCUUAAUUCUUAUAUCUAACACAGAAACUUUCACAAUCCACUGUUUCUCAUAUAGUGCUUUGGCAGAUAUUAUGUUGUUUGACCUUUCAAUGUUAUUGUGGUCUUGGUAUGUAUUCUUACAAAGUGGUCAAUUCAGGUGUGAAAUAAUCAUAAAUAAAUAAAUAUUACCUCAUUUCAAAUAACAUGUCAGUAUUGUUUUGUCUUUUAUUUAAGUGUAUAAUAAAGAAUUUAAAAGUGUU